AUGCUGAUACGAUACUACCUGGUUUCUGAUAAUCGAUUUGUUGAUGUUGAGCUUAUGAGUGAUGAGAUAGUCACGCAGUACACCCACAUGCUUACUAAAAGAAUAGGAAUAAGCAUACUGGAUUGUGACUUUAUGAGGUUAGAGGAUGAGCUUGAAGAGAUGAUGGAGAAUGGAGUGACAAAUGUGCAUAUUGAUGUUAUGGACACCAGCUUUGUAGGGAAUCUUACGUUUGGCCCAUGCGUGCUCAACAAGAUUUUGAAGCAUGAGUUUGUGUUUGAUAUUCACAUGAUGGUUAAUGAUCCGAUAGUGCUUCUGCCUUUGAUUGAUUUGAGCAAUGUAUUUGUGGUGACAGUGCAUCACGAGGCAAGCGAAAAAAUGCAAGCGAUUGAAUACCUGAGAGAGAAAGGAGUGAUGGCUGGGAUUGCAAUCAGUCCGGAAACGCGAGUUGAAGAAGUGGAUCUGAAGGAUGUGGGGUUUGCUCUUGUGAUGAGUGUUAAUCCAGGGUUUGGAGGGCAGCAGUUAAAGAGGGAAUGUGUUUGCAAGAUAGACCAGAUCAAGAAGCAAGGGAAGCUUGCUGGAGUGGACGGAGGGCUUAAUGAAAGCAGUAUUGCGAUGGUUAUGAAUGCGGACUAUGCAGUUGUGGGGUCGGGAUACUUCCGAGCUGAGGAUCGAAGAGAAUAUCUUGGCAAAAUUACGAGGCGAUUUUUGGGAUGA